CGCUCAAAGCCGCAAAGUGGGGCGCACAGACGAGGCGUCAGGACAGGAAUACCAUUCAUCAGAGAAGCUACACAGAAGCUACUGGCACGCAAGACGAGGCGAGGACGCAGGCUUCCUUGACCUCAUCAUCUCGCUGCGACCAAGUCCCUCGGUCAAUCCUUACCUUGAGCCCUGGCGCAUCGCGAUAGAAGUGCGGCGAGCCCCACUCAACUCGCCUGGCCCCCUUUCCGCAUCAUCGUAGACUGUUGCACUACCUCCUACCCUCACUCACUCACGCCAUGCCCGAUCCAAAUCUCCAAGCCUACCUCGCCCAGCACUACCUCUCAGGACCCAAGGCAGACGCCAUCCUCGCCCGCCAGAAGCAGCAGCAAGAAGACGAAGACGCUCAAGGCAAAAAGAAGAAGAAGAAGCGUAGGAAGAUCCUCCCGGAGAGUUCGGGACCUAGUGGCAGUGGCAGUUCCACCUUGGGUCUGAAGCUAAGGGAUGAGGCUGAUGAUUGGAAGAGAGGAGACGAUGAGGAUGAAGGAGAGGCGCAAGUUGUGCGUGAAGAGAAGAGGGAAAGGUUCAGAAAGGGAGGAUGGGCUUCCCUCGGGCCUGAUGGCAAGCCGGCUGCUCAGCAGGACGUGAGGGAGCAAGAUGGCGAAGGCGAGGGCGAGGAAGAAGGGGAGGGGCCACAGCUCGUUGGAGCAGACGGUCUCAACCUGGACGCUACUGCCGCCGAGCUAGCUCAAGCUCAAAAAGAGGAGCGCGAAGCUCGUCAGAGGGCCGAGGCUUCAGCUGGUCCCUCUUCAGUAGCGCCUCCGCAGCCCGUUUCUGGCCUUCGGACAAAGGAACAAGUCAAGGCCGAUCGACUUGCGAGAGAGGCAGUCCAACGUCGCGAAGAAGAGGCACGUCUGGCUGCUGGAGAGCGAGAAGGUGAGGAGGAUUCAGAGGCUCAAAGAGAGGCCAGACUUGCACAGACGACCGUCUAUCGAGACGAGCGCGGUAGACGAAUCGAUGUAGAGGCAGAGGACGAGUUGAUCAGAAAGGAAGAGGAGAGGAAGAGACGUAAAGAAAGGGAAAAGAAGGAUUGGAAUAAGGGAGAGCGACAAAAGGAAGAGGAGAGGAAGAGGCAGCGGGAGCUGGAGAAGGUUAGGACAGAAGGCGUAGCUAGAUACGCAAGCGACGAACGAAUGAACGCUGAGCUUCGCGCCAUAGAGCGAACAGACGACCCGGCCCUUGCCUUCUUGACAAAGAAGCGGCCCAAAGGUCCUCAAUUACCCAAGUACAAAGGUCCUGCCCCACCUCCCAAUCGAUUCGGUAUUCAACCGGGUCAUAGAUGGGAUGGUGUUGACCGGGGAAACGGGUUUGAGAAGAAGCUAUUUGAAGCGAGGGGGGCGAGGGUGAGGAGGGAACAGGAUGAGAGGGCCUACGGGACUUCAGACAUGUGAGGCGGGAAGGAAAGGGGGAGAGCCUCUCACACUACACACAACUGUACGAGUAUCAGACAUAAUUGCAAUUUGAAUUAGGCUGGGAACUUGUUGGAGCUCACCCAUGGCAGACGUGCAGGCCAGCUCGUAAAGUGUCAUGAAUAUGUUCUUGUUUCCUGCU